AUGGAGGCCCUGAUGAAGAAAUACGGAGUACAUCACAUGUUGUCUACUCCGAGUAAAGGGCAGGCAGAGAUCUCCAACCGGGAGAUAAAAGGAAUUUUGGAGAAAACAGUAAGCCCGUCGAGGAAAGACUGGAGCAAGCGGUUGGAUGAUGCUCUCUGGGCCUACCGUACUGCGUUCAAGACCCCCUUUGGAAUGUCGCCUUACAGGCUCAUUUUUGGUAAGAUGUGUCAUCUCCCUGUGGGAGUUGAACAUAUAACUUACUCGGAGGUCAAGGAGAUUAAUUUGAAGCCCCAGGCAUGUGAGGAAGAGAGGAAACUUCAACGACAAGAGCUGGAGGAAUUGAGACUUGAGUCGUAA